AUGGAUAUAUUGGGCAAUUUAUCGAAAUGGAGUCUGGCAUUUAUUUCCUUUUUGAUACCACAAUAUUGUUUACACAAUUUGAUAAUUUUUUUUAAAACUCUUCCAAGAGAUUUGAAAACAAUUUACGUAUCAUUAAAGGUUCUUUUGGGAAACUACAUCUACCAAAAGACAAAUGCUAGUAGCAUCACAAGAUUCCAAAAGAUCCUCAGAAAACAUCCUAAUAAACCUUGCUUUUUAUUUGAAGACCAAGUUUGGACAUUUAAAGAGGUGGAUGAGUUCAGCAAUAAAAUAGCUCAAGUUUUUCAUCAAUCAGGAUUUAAGAAAGGAGAUGUGGUUGCCCUUGUUAUGACAAAUCAACCACAAUACGUUUGUAUUUGGCUUGGUCUUGCUAAAAUAGGUGUGGUUACAGCUCUUAUCAAUUCCAAUCUUACCAGCAAACCUCUAAGCCAUUGCAUCACGACUGCAUUAUGUAAAGCAGUAAUAUUCUCAGACGAUCUAUCUACAGUCGUUCUUGCUGUAAAACCUGAACUAUCAGCUGACAUGAAAUAUUUUCAACUUGGAAAAUCAGACACAUCAAAAGGGGUCAUAAAUCUUAACCUGUCUAUGCAAAAUGUGCCCAAAACUGUCCCAUUAGAGACAAAAAUUCAGUACAAUGAUCAUUUGGUAUAUAUUUACACAUCUGGUACUACUGGUCUACCUAAAGCUGCUAUAAUUCCUCAUUCUAAAUUGAUUUUAAUAUCAUUUUUUUGCAAAUAUAUUCUUGGUAUAACGAGUACUGACAUAUUAUAUGAUUGUCUUCCCCUUUACCAUUCAGCUGGAGGUCUGAUAGGUGUUGCUGCAGCUUUUUCAACAGGAGCUACUGUAGUAUUGAGGACAAAAUUUUCAGCAGCAAAUUUUAUUUCUGAUUGUGCUCAUUACAAAUGUACAACUGCACUGUAUAUUGGAGAAAUGUGCCGUUAUAUCCUUGCUGUUCCUGAGAAACCUACUGAUAAGCAACACAAAUUGCGAAUGAUUACAGGGAUCGGUCUUCGGCCUACCAUAUGGAGUGCAUUUGUUAAAAGAUUUAACAUACCAAAGGUAAUGGAGAUGUAUGCGUCUACGGAAGGAAACUUGCAAAUUGUUAACAAUGAUAAUAGAAUUGGUGCUGUUGGUUUUAUUCCCCGAUUCCUCCCUUUCUCAAGAUUUAUUGGUGCUCUAAUACGUGUCAAUUCUGAAACUAUGGAACCGAUUAGAGGCAAAGAUGGAUUAUGUAUUGAAUGUGACAUAGAUGAACCAGGAAUGUUUGUUGGGAUUAUUCCUAAUAAAGACUCUGUUAAAGGAUUUCAUGGUUAUUUAGAUAAAGCAGAGUCAAAAAAAAAGUAUGUAUAUGAUGUUUUCAAAAAAGGAGACAAAGCUUUUGUUUCAGGAGAUAUUUUAGUAAAGGAUGAGCUUGGAUAUCUUUAUUUCAAGGAUAGAACAGGAGACACAUUCAGGUGGAAAGGAGAAAAUGUGUCUACUUCUGAAGUGGAAGCUAUAAUUAGUUCAAUAAUUGGAUUAAAAGACUGUACUGUGUAUGGUGUUGAGGUUGGUGAUCUUGAAGGGCGAGCUGGUAUGGCUGCUAUAGUGGAACCUUCUGGAACAUUAGAUUUUGAUGGCCUUGCUAAUUCUCUAAAAACUUCUCUUCCUUCAUAUGCAAUUCCUCUGUUUAUUAGACUGAUUGCUGAAGUGGAAAUGACAGGGACUUUCAAAUUAAAGAAAACAACUUUGGUUAAAGAUGGUUUCAAUCCUUCUAUUAUCAAAGAUCCUCUUUUCUACCGUAAAGGGUCAACUUAUGCACCUCUUACUAAAGAAAUAUAUGAACAAAUUAUCUCUGGAAAAAUAAGGGUUUAA